GCCUCGGCCCCGAGCACCCACGCCUGGCCCUCAGCCCCGGCCCAUGGACCUGCAGGUGGGCCCGCGGCCCGCGGUGGAGCCCCCGCCGGAGCGCAGCCUGCUGUCCCUGCAGCAGCCCCUGCCCCUGCGCCUCUUCCUGGCGGGCCUGCAGCACCAGCCCUGCCCGCAGCUUCCCAUGGACGCAUCGAUGCCCGAGUUGCCGGGCCACCCAGAGCCAGAGGUGCGGCAGCUUCUCGACAAGGACAAGAGCAAGUGGAGCGCCGUGGCCAGCAGGGAGGUCCGGCAGAAGCUGGCGGAGGUGAUCCUCAAGAAGCAGCAGGCGGCCCUGGAGACAGCCGUGCCCUACAGAGCCUCCAAGCCCCUGGAGACGGACGGAGCCCCCUGCCCCGUGCUUGGCAGCUUCCUGCCCCCUGUGCCGGGCCUGUCCAGCGACCCCCCGGAGCACUUACCUCUGAGGAAGACAAUCUCUGAGCCCAACGUGAAGCUGCGCUGCAAGCCCAAGAAGCUUCCGGAGGGGAGGAAGAACCCGCUGCGCAGGAAGGGGAGCGCCCCGUCCAACCUCCACCUCCGCCGGCGGCCCCCUGACACCCUGGGAGAGUCCUCCCCGAGUAGUAGCAGCACGCCCACCUCAGGGUGCAGCUCCCCCAGUGACAGCAAGCACGGCCCCCACCCCGUCCUGGGCUCCGAGGCGCUCUCGGGCCAGCGGCCACGGCUGCAGGAGACCUCUCGGGCCCCCUUCGCCCUGCUGCCUGCAAUCACGCUGGGGCUGCCUGCGCCCGCCAGGGCUGACGGUGACCUCAGGACCCACCUGACUCCGGGCCCCCGAGGACCCGUCCUGGGGAGCCCCCCUGCGCCCCUCUUCCUGCUCCCCGGCCUGGAGCCCGUCCUCCUCCUGGACCCCUCCGUGUCCCACGGCCCCCUGCUGACCGUGCCCGGGCUCGGGCCCCUGCCCUUCCACUUUGCGCAGUCCCUGCUGACCACGGAGCGGCUCUCCGGGUCUGGCCUGCACUGGCCGCUGAGCCGGACCCGCUCGGAGCCCCUGCCCCCCUCCCUGGAGCAGCUCCAGCCUCACGUGCCGGUGACCGAGAGGCCAGCCCAUCCCCGUGAGACGCCUGGAACGAGGGAGAGACCCUCAGCCAAGGCCCUGCAGGCGGACGGCGGCGGCAGCAGCGGGCAGCCGGGGGAUGGCGGCGCGGAGCCCAGGGAGCCCGAGUGCGGCCAGCGGGAGGCCAGGCGGCCUGUACCCUUAGCCUGUGUCCCACAGGUGUUCCUAUGGGAGCAGCAGCAGCGCCUGGCCCGGCGGCUUCCCACAGGAGACUCGGUGCUGCUGUCCCUGACCCGCGGUGGCCACCGGCCCCUGUCCAGGACACAGUCGUCCCCAGCUGCACCUGCCUUGCUGCCCACCUCAGAACCCGCCAGCCAGGCCCGUGUCCUCUCCAGUUCAGAGACCAGCACUGGGACCCUGCCCUUCACCACAGGGCUGGUGUAUGACUCGGUGAUGCUGAAGCAUCAGUGCUCCUGCGGAGACAACAGCCGGCACCCGGAGCACGCGGGUCGUAUCCAGAGCAUCUGGUCGCGGCUGCAGGAGCGGGGGCUGCGGAGCCAGUGUGAGUGUCUCCGGGGCCGCAAGGCCUCGCUGGAGGAACUGCAGUCUGUGCACUCGGAACGGCACGCUCUGCUCUACGGCACCAGCCCGCUCAGCCGCCUCAAGCUGGACACCCGGAAGCUGGCAGGGCUCCGGGCAGAGCGGAUGUUCGUGAUGCUGCCCUGCGGCGGGGUCGGGGUGGACACGGACACCACUUGGAACGAGCUGCACACCUCCAACGCUGCCCGCUGGGCCGCCGGCAGCGUCACCGACCUUGCCUUCAAGGUGGCUGCCAGAGAGCUAAAGAACGGUUAUGCUGUGGUUCGACCCCCAGGACACCAUGCAGAGCAUUCUAUAGCCAUGGGCUUCUGCUUCUUCAACUCAGUGGCCAUCGCCUGCCGGCAGCUGCAAGAACAGGGCAAGGCCAGCAAGAUCCUCAUUGUGGACUGGGAUGUCCACCAUGGCAAUGGCACCCAGAAGACCUUCUACCAGGACCCCAGCGUGCUCUACAUCUCCCUGCAUCGCCAUGACAACGGCAACUUCUUCCCAGGCAGCGGGGCUGUGGAGGAGGUGGGGGCUGGCAGUGGUGAAGGCUUCAACGUCAACGUGGCCUGGGCUGGAGGUCUGGACCCCCCCAUGGGGGACCCGGAGUACCUGGCUGCCUUCAGGGUGGUCGUCAUGCCCAUUGCCCGAGAGUUCGCCCCGGACCUGGUCCUGGUGUCGGCCGGGUUUGAUGCCGCGGAAGGUCACCCCGCCCCGCUGGGCGGCUACCAUGUUUCAGCCAAGUGCUUCGGCUACAUGACGCAGCAGCUGAUGAGCCUGGCGGGGGGCGCCGUGGUGCUGGCACUGGAGGGCGGCCACGACCUCACGGCCAUCUGCGACGCCUCCGAGGCCUGCGUGGCCGCCCUCCUGGGCAACAAGGUGGACCCGCGCUCGGAGGAAGGCUGGAGGCAGAAACCCAACCUCAACGCCAUCCGCUGCCUGGAAGCCGUGAUCCGGGUGCACAGUAAAUACUGGGACUGCAUGCAGCACCUGGCUUCCUGUCCAGACUCCUGGGUGACCGGGGCCAGUGCAGAAGAAAUGGAGGUGGUGACCACAUAGGUGUUCCCCUCCGCGGGCAUCCCGUCUGAAGAGAGGCUGUCUGGACAACUGGCGGAGGACAAGCGAAGGCGACUCCCAGCCCUCAGAACCGUCUGCCCAUCCCCCCUGCCCGCCUACCCAGGUCUCUCCUCCCCUCUGGCGACUGUCCCUGAGGCCUUCAGAGACGUGGCGGGCAGGCCAGGGGCCCCCGGAGCCCGGGGCUCUGGGCUGGGAACCAAAGAAGAGCCCGAGAGGCGGCAGGCCAGGGGCAGGUCAUCCUGCGGGGCCAGGCCCCCCUCCUCAGGACCACGCAGGACACGGGCGCAAGCGCCCCCUGUAGCCACUGUCCUCAGCUCUGCAGACCCAGACUUUGCACACAAAAAUGUGAACUGGGCCUCAGCCGGCCUUGCCCCCCCAGCCUGGGGCAGACAGAGCCACAGGGUCCCGGAGCCGCGUGCAGGGCUCGAGAAGCUGCGCCCAGCCCCGGACGCAGCCACCAGCAAAGCCCCCGUCCGUGUGGCCCCGCCCACCUCAGGGAGGACCGGGCGGGCGGAGGCUCCUGCGAUCGUGCUCCUGACAAUGGUGCCGAAUGUUCAUC